AUGAACUCUUACCUGGAAAUAUUCUGUCUCUUCUCAACUUACCUUGAUACAUUGUUCUGCAAUUUGGCGCUGCUGCAUGCCUUUUGUUCCGGUCUUGACUCCUAUCUCCGCCUCUCCUGCCGAAGAAGGAAUACUGAGACUGUUAGCUUGAAGUCUGGAAGACAUGCAACACUUUGGCUUAAAAUUAGUUCGCCAUGGUUCGUUUCCGGCCUCCUGGCCAUUGCUCAACUCGCCGUCAGCGAUCGCGGUCUAGCCUACCUUUCGAAAGACUGCCAACGCCAGUUCCUCUCCGCAUUUACCAACCAACUAGAGUCUACCUGCAUAGUUACUGAUCCUAGUUUCCUCAUACUGCGCACCUCAGUCGCAUACGCGUUGCCCCUCACUGGUUGCCUCAUACUCACGGGUCUUCAAGUGCGUUGCCUGCGUCGACUAAGAUUCGUCCCACCUGAAUACCCUCUAGAAUCGAGCACGAAUCCACCCAUUCCAAGAGACGUCACUCUAGAGACCCUUGCUCCACUCACCGAAACAGUGAAGCCAAACUCCACUGGCGCCAUAGAAACAGUUCAUGAGUGUCCCAGGCACGGCAGAAUCGCUUACGAUCCAGAGGCGGUGAUGUUUGAUGACUUCCGGGGUGGAUACCAGGAAAAACGCACUGUUCAGGACAGGUCUAAUGUGGUAUUGGUGAGCCGGUGGUUACAAACGUACCGCGGGGAGCAACUAGCAGUGGCAGUAAACAUGGUCUCGUGCAUAGUCGCAGUCGGUGUCUGGUCACCACUCAUUCUCUCCAGUCUGGCUUACGGACUUUGCCACACAUCAGAGAACUCGCGCUUUAUGGAGCAGCCCCUCUACCACAUUCCAGGUGUUGACCUGUCCAAGUAUCGUCCAGCUCAGUGCUUUAUCCAGGUGGCUGCCUCGCGGUUGGCGGACUUCCGGUGGUGGGUGUACGCCAGCAUAGGGCUGCUUCUGCCAAUAGCUCUUCUUCUAAUGGACAGGGGCCUAAGAAGGGCUUGCUGGCGCUCCCUCGGUCUGAGAGCACCCUCACUGGGAAGGAGAAAGACCCUUCAAAGAUACGAGAUGGCUACGCAUAACGCCAAUACAGUGAUUCCAUCCACGUCAAGUGCCGUUUAUUAG